UUCUGUUUGUGAAAAGGGUACGCUGGUUUGUGGGGUUCUCUUCUCUCUCUCUCGGCAGUUGCAGUGAUCAGUCCAAGUAAGCAAAGCGCUCAUCUGAUUAAUUGGUGGAAAAUCUCCACCAGAUCCUUCCUGUUUUCCCACUUGCACCCGAAUGCUUCGGUUUCUUGGACGACUAGGCAAUGCUUCCCCUUGCUCUCUCAGACAUCUCCUCUUCCUCCUCUUGGCCUAGGCCUUCCACUUCCAGUAGCCUAUGUUCCUCGUGGGUCGCCAGAUCCGGAUGGCGCCCUUCCUGGUAUCAAAUAUCUCAAGGAUCACCAUUCCGCGCAAGAACAAGUGCUGAACCGAGCCCCUAUAGUUCACUUGGAACCUACGCUGAUUGAGUAGGUUCUGGUGGUUCUAAUUCCUGCGUCCCAAUGCUGCAGAGGCAGCUAAAGUUUUGAUCUUUCCCGAUACAGCUCAUGCUUUGCAGACUUGGGGACCAGUUCGUCAAGUUUUGAUCUUUUUCUUGGUCAGAAUCGCCGCCAUUUCGGACUAACCAAAGCGGCGCUAAUCUUGCUUUUCCACUUGGACGCUACAAUGCGGCCAAGAUUAUAGAUUGCGCUAAUCACAUGCGCAGCUGAACCGGACCAGACGAUGCUUUGGCCAAGAUACAGAUGCUCAUCGGGACGCUAUUCUUUCCCCAUCGCCAUGCGCCGGCUCCUGCUCUUUUUGCUCGCCGCCGUGCCCGCCGCCGCCGACGUGGGGUACGAACAUUGCGCCUGCGACGGCGGCGGCGGCGGGUUCUGGAGCCUAGACAACAUCUUCCGGUGGCAGAAGGUGAGCGACCUGCUCAUCGCGGCGGCCUACUUCUCCAUCCCCCUCGAGCUCCUCUACUUCGUCACCGGCCUCCGCCACCUCCUCCCGCUCCGGUGGGUGCUGGUCCAGUUCGGCGCCUUCAUCGUGCUGUGCGGGCUCACCCACCUCCUGGCGGCGUUCACCUACGAGCCCCACCCGUUCAUGGUCGUGCUGCUUCUCACUGCCGCCAAGUUCCUGACGGCGCUGGUGUCCUUUCUCACCGCCAUCACGCUACUAACGCUCAUCCCGCAGCUGCUGCGCGUCAAGGUCCGCGAGAGCCUGCUCUGGAUGAAGGCCCGCGAGCUCGAUCGCGAGGUGGUGCUCAUGAAGCGGCAGGAGGAGGCGAGCUGGCACGUCCGCAUGCUCACCCGGGAGAUCCGCCGCUCGCUCGACCGCCAUACCGUGCUCUACACCACGCUCAUCGAGCUCUCAAGGGUGCUCGCGCUCAACAACUGCGCCGUCUGGAUGCCCUCCGAUGACAAGUCCGCAAUGUGCCUCACCCACGAGCUCCGGCGGGGUAGCGGCGGCGAAGCUGUCGUCAGCGCAGACGACGCGGACGUCGUCGAGGUCAAGAGCAGCGACGGUGUCAAGCUGCUCCCGCCGGAUUCAGUUCUUGGGUCGGCCAGCGGUGGCGGCAAGGAGGGCACGGGCACGGUGGCGGCCAUUCGAAUGCCGAUGCUCAAGGUUGCGGACUUCAAAGGUGGGACGCCGGAGGUGAUCCAGACAAGCUACGCCGUGCUGGUGCUGGUGCCGCCCAGUGACAGGAACUGGGCACCUCACGAGCUGGGGAUCGUGGAGGUGGUCGCUGAUCAGGUGGCCGUCGCACUCUCACACGCCUCGCUGCUUGAGGAGUCGCAGGCGAUGCGCGAGAGGCUGGCUGAGCAGAACCGCGAGCUGCUGCAGGCAAGGCGGGACGCGCUCAUGGCGAACGAGGCUAGAGACGCUUUCCAGCGCGUCAUGAGCCAGGGAAUGCGGAGGCCUGUCCACUCCAUCCUGGGACUGGUGUCAGUGGUGCAGGAGGAGGGCCUAACGCCCGAGCAGAAGCUCAUCGUCGAUACAAUGGCGCGGACAGCUACCGUUGUCUCGACACUCAUCAACGAUGUCAUGGAGAUGUCUGCCGUCAACCAGGAGCGCUUCCCACUGGAGAUGCAGCCAUUCCACCUGCACUCCAUGAUCAGGGACGCCGCCUGCGUCGCGAGGUGUCUCUGUGACUUCAGGGGGUUUGGUUUUGCAGUGCACAUCGAGAACGCGCUGCCUGACCUUGUCAUUGGCGACGAGCGACGGAUUUUUCAUGUCUUGCUGCACAUGGUUGGCAAUCUGAUUGGUCGGAUUGACGCGGGCUAUGUCACCUUCCAGGUCCGUGCCGAUGAUGAAGUGCAUGAGGACAGUCUUAGCCAGAGGUGGGAUCCAUGGAGGCCAAGCUACUCCGGUGGGCACUCGUCGGUUAAGUUUGUUUUUGGGGUGAAGAGGCAGCGGAGUGCUGACUCAUCGAGCUCGCUUGUGCAGUUCUUGCGGAAGCCCAGUGCUGAGGGGUUUGCUCUCAGGCUCAGCUUCAGCAUGUGCAGGAAGCUUGUGCAGAUGAUGCAAGGAAACAUCUGGGCAAUUCUUGACGGCCAAGGACUUCCGGAGAGCAUGACCCUGGUCCUGAGAUUCCAGCUGCAACCAUCACUCUCAAGUUCCAGCGUCGGAGGAUCAUUUGAACUGCAAUACCCAUCGCCAUCAAUCCAAAUAUCAGGUCUGAAGGUUCUGCUCAUCGAUGACGAUGACAUCAACCUAGUCGUGGCUCGGAAACUCCUGGAGAAGCUAGGCUGCACAGUUUCCUCGGUCCCUUCAGGUUCAGGAUUCCUGAACUCUGUCGGACCCUCUACCUCAUUCCAGCUCAUCGCGGUGAACCUCGAAAUGACGAUGGCAAAUCCGUUGGAUGUUGUGUCAAGGAUCAGGCAGUACAGGAGCACGCACUGGCCUUUGGUCAUGGCCAUGACAUCGGAGCAAAAUGUCUGGUAUAAGUGUGCUCAGUUAGGGAUCAACGGCAUCCUGAAGAAGCCGCUUGUUCUGCAUGAAGUAAAGGAAGAGCUCACACGAAUUCUUCAGAAAAUAUGAUGUUUGCAGGUUUCUUUUUCGCCUUCUUGUCGAGAGCUCUGAACACUGAAGUGGUGAAAUCUGGCAUUGCUGUGACUGACGAUGAAUACGAGCUCACUGUCCAGCAUAACAGAAGAUGAUUGCUCGAAAAGGCCAUGCUGGUGCCGAUAACACAGUGGCUAUUGAGGAUUUCUGGUGUGCUGUAGUAUUGCACGCUUACUGGAGAUUAUCGUCAGUAAAUACUGGUGCAAAGGUGAUGACAAUGUGCCAUCGUCAGUAGAUGGGAAGUGCACUUGAAAGUGUUUCUAACACUUAAAAUUCUUCAUAGCCACCUAGGUAAUACUAUGUAAUGAUCAGAACUGGCAAUAAGACUGAAGUUUUGUAACUUAGCUGACCUGGUUGUAAGGAAUUGAUGGAGAAAAGAGUGAGAAUUUUUUUUGCAAAAUUGUAUGUAGGAAGUGGGGAAUUACAUACCCAAUCCAAUGCGGGAAACAGAAAUUCUCUAGAAUGAUGUAUUUAUCCCCUGUUGAGCAAAUUAUUGAUCUCAGCCAUGCAUAUUGGACUGCAUGCGCGAAAAAAGAACCCAAAAGAAUUUAUUGUGUUGAGAUUU